AUGACAGACAGUAUGAACAAAGAACUCGCCAAAACCGAUGCUACCCACUCGGAUCACAACUCACCAUACUACCUCCACCCAUCCGAUUAUCUGAGGCAAAUGCACGUCAAUGAUGCGUUAACCGACAACAAUUACCUUGACUGGGUCCAAGAGAUAGAAAAUUUGUUGUUUGCCAAAAACAAGAUAGGUUUCAUCGAUGGUACUCUCAAAAGGCCAGAAGCGGUUAAUGCAGAUUAUAUGGCAUGGAUGCGAUGCGCCGCGAUGAUCAAGGGAUGGCUCACUACAACCAUGGAGAAAGAGAUCCGAGGAAAUGUGUUGUACGCCACUUCGGAUCUCUUUCUCCAUGGCUGUAUGAGCCAUCCCUUGAUCAUCGCGUCGCAUCGCAUCCAUGCCAUAUAA